AUGCAGUUCUCCAGGUCAGCCAGGGCAGCAGAUGAAAACUGUGACUAUUUGUUCAAGAUUAUCCUCAUUGGGGAUUCCAAUGUGGGGAAGACGUGUGUGGUGCAGCAUUUCAAAUAUGGAGUCUACACCGAGACACAGCAGAACACGAUUGGGGUGGACUUCACCGUGCGCUCCCUUGAGAUUGAUGGCAAGAAAGUGAAGAUGCAGGUGUGGGACACGGCCGGCCAGGAGCGCUUCCGCACCAUCACCCAAAGCUACUACCGCAGUGCACAUGCGGCCAUCAUCGCCUAUGACCUCACCCGGCGGUCCACGUUCGAGUCCGUCCCCCACUGGAUCCAUGAGAUAGAAAAGUAUGGAGCGGCCAACUUGGUCAUUAUGUUGAUCGGAAACAAAUCUGACAUGUGGGAAAAGCGGCAUGUCCUGUUUGAGGAUGCCUGCACCCUGGCUGAGAAAUAUGGCCUCCUGGCGGUUUUGGAGACAUCUGCCAAGGAAUCCAGGAACAUAGAUGAGGUCUUUGUGCUGAUGGCCAGGGAGCUGAUGGCCCGCAACAGCCUGCACCUGUAUGGGGACAGUGCCCUGAGCGGCCUGUCCCUGGAUUCCAGCCCCAUUCUGGUGGCCCCGGGGCCAGGUGAGAAGACGUCCUGCACUUGCUGA